AUGGACGACUCGGUCCCCUUUCCACCCGACAUCAAUAGAGGCAGCGAAAUCCUCGUAGUGUGCGGAACUCUGGUCGGCCUUUCGGUGGCCGUUGUCAUCUUGAGAAUAUGGGUUAGGGCGAAAAUGGUCCGGCUUGUCGGCCUCGACGACUACUUCAUGAUCGCAGCGACGGUCACUAUCUUCGCAGAAAUGAUGGUCAUCAUUCCCGAAGUCCAGUAUGGCGCAGGCCGACACAUCCAAUACAUCGAACCGAAGAGCAACAUCGUCACAGGCCUUCACCUCAAUUUCGUCACGCAGCCUUUGUGCCUCAUUGCGCUGUGUUUGGCCAAAGUUAGUGUAGGCAUGUUUCUUCUGCGGAUAACGCCAUCGGGAAAAUUUCGACACGUCAUCUGGGGAAUAAUCAUUUUUACGGUCUUUUCGGCACUUGGUAACUUCUUGACCGUCUUCUUCCAAUGCCAGCCAUUAGCGUUCACUUGGGAUUUCUCUAUUGAAGGCGGAAAGUGCAUUCCGCAAGCAGAUCUCAAGUUCGCCGCCUUCUUCAACUCGAGUGUAUCUGUCUUCACCGAUCUUCUUUUCGCUUUAUUACCAGUACCAAUCAUGUGGAAGGUGCAACUGAAUUGGAAAGUCAAAUCUGCCGUCAUCGGAGUGCUUUCUCUCGGGAUUUUUGCGACUAUAGCAGCAGUUAUCAAGAUAUCUUUCCUGUCGGGUUAUGGGAAGCACGGAGACUUCCUAUUCAACAGCACUGACAUAACAAUCUGGACGACCGUCGAAAUAUGCACAGCGAUAAUUGCAGCCUCGAUACCAUGUCUCAAGCCGCUAUUCAAGGCCAUACUCUCUGGGUCAUCAGCCGAAGAAUACAACUCGUCAAAGUACAACAAUGAUGGGUACAUGCGGAACAAGAAUGCAAGCAAGUCAAGAAGGGCGCGCACUCCAGAAGGAAACUUCGAGAUGUUUGGCCAGUCUCGACAUACAGCGGCGAUUCGCUCAGGCUUUGGAUCCAAGAUGGGCUCGGAGGAAAGCAUUAUUCCGGACCACGGCAGUGGUGGUGAAGGCAUCACAAAGACGAUGCAGGUGUCUGUCUUCGUAGACGAACGGCAGAAGAGCCCUAAAGAUCUUGUAUAG